AUGUCGCGCCCGGGUACUCCAAGCUCUAUAGCCUCCAGCUCAGGGAGGCGCAGUCCCGACCUCGAUUUAGACCACCCACCAGGUCUAUCCUUGGCCGCACCUCCAAAACAACCUUCACCUCCUCCUCCAGCGGCAGUGGUUGUCCCUCCGACGAAGGCCAGGCCCAACAUGGAUCUAGCACAGAGAGCAUAUCGGUUCAAAGGCAAGAUGAAGGAGCAUAAAGCAAGGGGAGGAGAUGCGGAUUCGAGUAUGGAUGUGGACCAGACCAUGACUGCUGUCGAGGAGACCAAACCCCCAGAACAAGAGGAUCCAUCGUCUUCAGUACCAGCUUCAAAACGACGAAUAGCAGUGCAGGAUAAUGAUAUAAAAUCGUCUGCACCUCCGAGAUUACGAGCACGGCCGUCGCUCAACACGAAUUCAAUACCGCCACCUCCGAUCGUCUCUGACCCGCCCGCUUCACAACCGGCGUCACCGUCUAAACCGGAAGUGCCUCACUCAUCUGAACCUUCUACCAACCCUCAACCUAGUUCCCCAUCCAAACCUGAACCUAGUUCUCCGUCCAAACCCCCCACGACGUCCAACCCUGAGCCUCCCAGUUCCUCCUCCGAGUCUAAACAACCCGAACCCUCCACACCAGCCUCGAGCACACAACAACAGCCACAACCACCGACAAAACCCCAACCCGCCAAACGCAAAGAUCCCUGGAAAAUGCGUAUACCCAAGAAAAAGUCGUCAGAAGUUACACAUUCGAAACUCGCUAUCGGCAAUACCGCUAAGCCUGGAGGCUCUGCUGCUGCCCUCGCUGCACCCGCUAGCUCUGGCCCUUCUUCCUCCGCCACGGGCAACAUGGAUCGUUCAUCCAACAACAACAACGCCAACGCCAAAUCCCAAACGAUGUGGGACCCGUAUACAAAUCGUACGCCAUUGCCACUCCUCACCAAGAUACACCCUGAACCUGACUCCUCUAUGCCUAUACCUUCUGUGUCUAUGGCUACUUCCCCCCUUCCACGCGUGGCCGCAAUCGAUGACACCUCAACUCCUCUCGCAUCGACCACUCCCUCGUGUUCUACAGUCUCCAUAGACGACCUCGACCGCGCCAAGUCCCUCGUCCUCGACCUUUUAGGCUGGGGCGUCGAACCAGAAUACCUCGUCAAUUGCGGUGUCUCCGCCCAGCUCAUUUAUCGCGUUUUUACGGAUUUGAAUUUGAGGCUGCCGGUUAAUUUGAGGGUGCCGCCUUGA